ACAUUCACUGGCGAUCGUUGCCCUUCCGUCGCUAGGCAACCCAACGAAACUAGCGCUCUGCGGUCACUUCUCCGCCCAACCAACCUCUAAAACCAAGCAAUCGGAUUCACUUUUUUCGCAACCGGCCCCUUGUCAAGACCUACUGCUGCCCGUUUUCCGCAUCGUAGAAAAAAAUGGCUCCUGGGACCGAAACCGAAUCCGAACAGCUGACCGUGGAAGACAGAAGUCCUAUCAAAACCGACGCAUCGGAAAAGCAAACUGAAGCCGAACCAUGCGGAGCGAAAGCGGAAGCGGAUUCCUGUCAGAUAAAGUGUGCCAACUGCGAUGCGCUUUUUUCGCCGGAUCGCUUCGAGGAGCAUGUGUGCGAAUUCGACGAGCGGAAGAAGCGGAUCGAACCGUCGAGCGUGCUGGAUGGACAUCCGUGUUUCCGGCAGUUGGAUGAGAACAUGGAGCAGUGGAAGCGGCUGACGAAGAAGAAGAGCUGUGGCGAAGAGCGGAGUGAGGUGAAGGGAGAGAGGCGGAAGCGGGGUGAGAUUGGCGAUAGGAAGGUGCACAAGUGCGGACACUGUGAGCGGAAGUUUGUGCAUGCUUCUGGGUUGGAGAAGCACCUGGCCAGGAUGCAUCCGGAUAAGGAGAAUGAGGUGGUUUUCGUUGGUGAGUCGCAGAAUCAAGAUAAGAAGGAAGAGCCGGCGGAUCCAUUCAAGGUUUGCCUCAAGUGUUUGAAGUGCGGAAUGGUUUUUGGAUCGCUGGAUAAGAUGAUGGAACACCUGGAGAUGGUGGAUUGGGAGCGGGAACUGGAACGAGAAGAUGAAAGCUACAUGGAUAAAGGAAAGGUAUCACUGCGGAAAGCGUUCAGAAUUGUGAUCCUGACCACGGUUUUUCAGUGCGAGUUUUGUGACAAGCACUUCUCGGAUUUGCCAUCGCUGUUUGAGCACGAGUCUUUACAUGAUCCGGCUUCCGGUUACGAGUGCACGUUAUGUGAGAUAAGGAUUCCCUGCAUGAAGGAUAUGCUGUUCCAUCGGCUGAACGAAUGUGUCUUUCGAGACGCGUGGAACGAAGAAUUUCGAAGCCUGUCCAAAUAUUUCGCAUGCAAUGUUUGCGAUGAGCACUUCGAAAGCUUAGGAGCUCUUUACGAACAUCGCUACGCGAAUUAUCACUGGUUUCCUCGCCUAUCGCGUAUGGAAGAAAACGAGGCCUCCGGGCAGUUCAAAGUGGGAUGCGAGAGCUGCGGAACAAACUUCGACAAUGCAGAAUCGAUUCUAACCCACUACACGGAAAUGCACGCCCAGAAAAGGCAAAGCAAUAUAGGGUUCCGUCGCCAGCCUGCGGAGAAAUCGGAUGCUGAUUUGAAUUCCCCCUUCUCUUCCACCAGACCAUACCUCUGCGAAUUGUGCGGUAAGACCUACACCCAAUCUAGUCAUCUUUGGCAGCAUCUGCGCUUCCACAAUGGCAUCCGUCCGUUCACGUGUCCAGAAUCUGGCUGCAACCGUAGUUUCACCAUUCGACCAGAUUUGAAGGAUCACAUUCGGAAAUGUCACACCGGAGAACGACCGUAUCAUUGUGACCUGUGCGACAAGCGCUUUCUGACCGGAUCGGUCUACUAUCAGCACCGGCUGAUUCACCGAGGGGAACGUCGGUACGGGUGCGAGGAGUGUGGCAAGCGGUUUUAUCGAGCGGAUGCUCUGAAGAACCACCAGAGAAUUCACUCAGGCGAAAAGCCCUACUCAUGCCCUCAUUGUCCCAAGCAGUUUCGCCAGCGUGGCGAUCGUGAGAAGCACAUUCGGGUGAAACAUUCGAGCAGUUCGUUAAACAUGGCACCAUCACAAGCGUACGAGGACACGCCACGUUCUAGUCGUGUUUGUCUCAAAAAGCAACCACGGCGCAAGAACAAUAGUGAAAGCGAAUCUAGAAAAGUACGUCGACAGAUCCACCCGGUGGAAGAAGGUUCUGAAUAUGGGCCACUUGUCGACGAUGCCCAGGCAGUUUACGUUGGAGAUGUGUCGUUACCGGCUAGUCUGUUUCAGCCCAUUUUGAAUGACAUCGAUAUGUUGUAAAAUAUUUUCCAAUGUUCUAUUCUGAUUCAGUUUCAAAUUGUUCUUAUUAAAUUAGUGUAAGAUGUGUUAACGGAUCGUGAUUACCAUUCCGCUAUUUAAUCGGAACAUAGUAAUAUAUAGCAAAUCAUGAAUUCUUUCAAUAUUAUAUCAAUAAAUU